AGAAGGCCCAGCGCCGGCCCAGCCCGACCCAGACCCAACACAGAAAAUAUCACUGCUCGCACCACACACCCGGGCGGCAUGGCGGCGACCUCGCCGCCGAUGACGUCUGUCGCCGCCGCCGCGCUUGUCCUAACCCCUUCUCCAGCUCUCAACCGUAUAUCCUUUCCCUUCUCCCGUCGUCACUGCCGUAGUGCUGCUCCUCCUCCUCGGUGGAGGCCCACGCGGUGCCGCGGGAAGCCCGGUGUCACGGAAGUUGUAGCCGAGAAGGAGACUUCGCCGGAUGGCGAAGAGGAGGAGGUGCGCGGGCGCGGAUGGUUCAUGGUUGAUGAGAUUGGUAUGGACAUCCUCACCAUCGCCUUGCCUGCUGUGCUCGCCCUCGCCGCCAACCCCAUCACGGCUCUCGUCGACACCGCCUUCGUUGGCCAUGUCGGUUCGACUGAACUUGCUGCCGUUGGAGUAUCCAUUUCUAUCUUCAAUCUGGUAUGCAAGCUGCUCAAUGUGCCAUUGCUCAAUGUCACCACAUCCUUUGUUGCCGAGCAGCAGGCAGUGGAUGCAGCUGAAAUUUUUAGUCCUCGCAUAGGAAAUGAAAUUUCAAUACCCCAAGAGAAAGCAAGUAAACAAAGGAGGUUUCUUCCAGCGGUCUCAACAUCCUUGGCUCUAGCUGCUGGCAUAGGAUUGAUGGAAAUGGUGGCACUGAUACUUGGGUCUGGGACACUAAUGGACAUCGUUGGUAUACCUGUCGAUUCAGCGAUGCGUGUACCUGCAGAGCAAUUUCUUACUUUAAGGGCAUAUGGUGCACCUCCAGUCAUAGUAGCACUUGCAGCACAAGGUGCUUUUCGUGGAUUCAUGGAUACAAAGACACCGUUGUUUGCCGUGGGUGUUGGUAGCCUAGUGAAUGCAUUGCUGGAUGCCAUAUUUAUUUUUCCACUUGGUCUAGGUGUAAGUGGUGCUGCAUUGGCAACUGUGACUUCAGAGUACUUGACAGCAUUUAUCCUCCUUUGGAAGCUGAACAACAAAAUUGUUCUGCUCUCAUGGAAUAUCAUUGGUGGAGACGUUGUCCGCUACCUAAAAUCAGGUGCACUGCUAAUUGCAAGAACCAUUGCGGUAGUCCUGACAUUCACACUGUCGACAUCCCUGGCAGCCAGGGAAGGGUCUGUUCCAAUGGCUGGAUAUGAGAUAUGUUUGCAAGUGUGGUUAACAAUCUCUCUGCUCAAUGAUGCACUAGCUCUUGCUGGUCAGGCUCUACUCGCAAGUGAAUACGCAAAAGGAAACUACAAGAAGGCCCGCGUUGUCUUAUACAGAGUUCUCCAGAUUGGAGGCAUAACUGGUGUAGCACUUGCUACAAUCUUGUUCCUUGGGUUUGGAUAUUUGUCCUUGCUGUUUACAGAUGAUCCAGCAGUUUUAGAUGUUGCCCAAACUGGAGUCUGGUUUGUCACUGUUUCUCAACCGAUAAAUGCUGUUGCUUUUGUGGCCGAUGGGCUCUACUGUGGUGUUUCUGACUUUGCUUUCGCGGCGUACUCUACAUUAUUUGCUGGAGCUGUCUCAUCCGCAGUACUGCUUGUGGCCGCUCCUAAGUUUGGUCUUGGUGGAAUCUGGGCUGGCCUUGCUCUAUUUAUGAGUUUGCGAGCAAUUGCUGGUCUGUGGAGGUUAGGGAGCAAAGGUGGACCAUGGAAAAUAAUCUGGUCUGAAACUGAGUAAACAAAAAAGAUAGUUAUGUGUACUCAAUUAUUCGACUAAUUUCUUACAGUCAACAUCUAAAGGCAAGUACAGAACGGCAAGCAAGAAAGCAGAUAGCUGGUAGUCAUUGUCCAGGACAAGAUUUUCUUUAGGAGAUGACAGGGUAGCUCAUGUGGUGAUUUGGUUACAACUUACAAGUAGAUAUACUUGCUGCUGCCUCUAGAUAGAUAGAUAUAGAUAGAUAGAUAGAUAGAUCUCUUUGGUGUUGACUGGUAUAGGAAGUUGAUUCGACUUGUACAGUGCUGUGUUAUAGUAGAAUGGAUACCCUGUCAGUAUACAAGAAAGCUGAAAGCUCAUAGAUACAAACACAUUCAGAGCCAUCCGUCCAUGUAAAUAAGUGAAUCUUUUCCUUGGGAGAAGCAUAUAUAAGUGAAUUCUUCCUCUC